AUGAAGGUUAUCGGUGCUUUGGUUUCUCUCGUGACGGGGCUUUCCCUCGUUGCAGGAUCAAGAAUCAAAGUACAAGAUGUUGAUAUUUUCAGUGCAACCGCCGACACGACUCUCUCAUACAACCCCGGAGGUCCAAUCCAAUUUUGCACCUCAACCCUCACCCGGCUUGGAACCUUCACGCACGGGCCCACCUCUACAACCUAUAAGCACACUUCCACGUCUGCCAGCUCCCUGGACUGCAAUGGUUGCUCAUACCUCUCAGUGACAACGAAAGACCUUGGAGUUGGGCCGCCUGUCAAAUACACUACGACUGUGACAAAGCCAGUCACGACCACAACGGAAUUUGUCUGCGCCACUUCAACGUCUUAAUCCACCGAAGCAAAUACAUCCCUCUCCGAUUGAGGCAACUGCUCAACAAGACACUGGUAUACUGCGGGUUGUAUCGUGUAUGAUGUUUUGCAAUGGAUGUUAAGGAGGUGCGCGUCAGUUGGAGAAGGAGUCGCAGGGUUGCCUUGAGAAUUGUUGAAGAACAGAAACUAGCGCUGGAUAACUCCGAUGUUGUGCCUUAAAACGAAGGUUAUUGUUCAUUCCUUCUCAUUUGUUUCUGAUUCGAAAACAACCACGCUCCUUAUAAAUAUAGUUAUAGUUCAAUAUGAAUGCUCGUCCAGACGUUGAAUUAAGAUUAUCAAAUGUUUUUAGUGACUCCAGGUUGAAUGGUUUCAAGCUUCUCAGACAGC